AUGCAUUAUCUCACAGAAGAACGAGGGCGCCCCAAUGCACCCGACUACCGGAUUUAUUUUAAAACUUCAGAUGGAAGGUACAUUUCUCCAUUCCAUGACAUCCCACUUUCUCCAGAAAACAAUUUGGAUGACGUACCAGCAAAGAGGACAAAGACGAAUGACUCUGAGGUGCUUUAUAACAUGGUUGUGGAAGUACCUCGAUGGUCUAAUGCCAAGAUGGAGAUUGCAACAAAAGAACCUCUAAAUCCAAUCAAACAGGAUGUAAAAAAAGGAAAACUCCGAUAUGUGGCAAAUAUCUUUCCUCAUAAAGGCUAUAUUUGGAACUAUGGAGCUCUUCCACAGACCUGGGAGGACCCUAACCACAUAGACACAAACACACAGUGUUGUGGUGAUAAUGACCCGAUAGACGUUUGCGAAAUAGGCUCUCUGGUGUGCUAUCCUGGUCAAGUUAUCAGAGUGAAAGUGCUGGGUAUCUUGGCCAUGAUAGAUGAAGGAGAAACGGACUGGAAGGUCAUUGCCAUUAAUGCUGAAGACCCAGAUGCUCAAAACCUGAAUUCCAUAGAGGAUGUACGCAAGAGCCGACCAGGUCACUUGGAAGCUACAAUUGAAUGGUUCAAGAAAUACAAAGUUCCAGAUGGGAAGCCUGAGAACAAGUUUGGAUUUGGAGGCCAGUUUAAAGAAAAGGAGUUUGCAGUUGAUAUUAUUAGGUCCACCCAUGAGCACUGGAGGGCACUAGUGCACAAGCAAUCAGCUGCUGGGGACAUUGACUGCAAAAACGUGUCAUGCUGUGAUAGUCCUUUUAAAUGCAGUGAUGAGAAAGCAAAUGCUGUGGUCCAGUCGGCCCCUGCUUUUGGUGUCGCUGUUCCAGUCUCCCCAGAUGUACACAAGUGGCAUUUUGUCUAG